GGGAGCAGUCUGGCGCAACUUGCUGAGGUAAGAGUCGGGUUAUAGCAACAGAAAGCCAUCGUCUGAACAACGGGACCGCCGUGUGAGGGAGACUGUGGUCAGACUUCAGUUUCUUGAAGGUGGCUCAGCACAAACCUGAUCAUAAAGUUUUCUCUUACUCUAACCAAGUUCAGCUCGAGGAUGGCGGUGAAUGUUUACUCCACAUCUAUGAACGUAGACAACCUGAGUCGCCAUGACAUGUUGGCCUGGGUUAAUGACUCACUACAGCUCACAUACACCAAGAUCGAGCAGCUAUGUUCCGGUGCCGCCUAUUGCCAGUUCAUGGACAUGCUUUUUCCCGGGUGCAUACUGUUGAAGAAAGUUAAGUUUAACUCUAAAUUGGAACAUGAAUAUAUCCACAACUUCAAGGUCUUACAGGCUGCCUUCAAAAGAAUGAACGUUGACAAGAUCAUUCCUGUGGAGAGACUGGUAAAAGGAAAGUUUCAAGACAACUUUGAGUUCCUUCAAUGGUUUAAGAGGUUUUUUGAUGCUAAUUACGAUGGGAAAGAGUACGAUCCUGUCCUAUCUCGUCAGGGCUUGGAGGCAUCGCCGCUGCCCAACCCAGGUGUCACUCAUCACAAACCUAAAAGACCAUCUCGUCCAGGGCCAAUGAGAACAUCUCCUACAGGCCCCAAAUGCGUCCCUCCUCCCCAGAGGCAGAUAGCCACAGCGCGCAGGCCUCCAGUCACACGCAACGGAGGAGACGCUGAACUGGUGGAACUCAACCAGCAGCUUCUGGACAUGAAGCUUACUGUUGACGGCCUGGAGAAAGAGAGAGACUUCUAUUUUGGAAAACUGAGAGACAUUGAAGUCAUUUGCCAAGAACAUGAAAACGAGAACAACCCCAUCCUCUCUAAAAUCAUAGACAUACUCUACGCUACAGAGGAGGGCUUUGCACCACCAGAAGAUGAAGAUAUCGAUGAAGGUGCUCGAGACCAGGAAGAAUACUAGACCUUCUUUUUCCUCCAUAACCCCACCGCCCCAUCCCCCUCUUCAUUCGCCUUGUUACUUACAUAUGUCCCUCCCAAUCGCUUUACUUUUUACACUACUCAUUUUUCCCCCCAAACAUGACCUGAUUUGAACCACCCCUCUACAAAGGACUCUACACCAGGCCUGUGUGUACAAAGGCCCGGCUUUGGCUUAACUUGACUUAUAUUCUAACACAUUGCCAGAGUAGACAGCUGUACUGCUAGUGGCUGAUUUAUGGUUAAUAGCAUUGAGAUUAAUAGGAAUCCUGCACAUGUGGCCUGGAGCCAACCAUGCUGUCUGUCUGAAGAGAUACAACGGGCACUUUCUCAACAAAACAUCUGGGUUUUCAAUGCAAAUUGAUGGGUAUUCUUAAAGGGAGUCCUGCUCGUAUACAUAUGCUUAAAUGGACAUUAUGCUGUGAUGCUGAAUUGUGAACCUUCAGUUGACAGAUGUUGCCAGGUUCGGAGAAGCAAACAGGAGUAAAAACUAAGUUGUCUAGACAAUGAAAUAGUGCCAUCUACUGAUAUCCAAAAAAUAUAAUUUGUUUUUCUCUUUGCUGAUAUCUUCCAAAUAGCACAACACACCACAGGGAAGAUGCAUUAUCAAGGUUACAACUUGUUUAAAUACUUGGAAUAAUGUCAAAUAUUAGUUACAUUAUAUUUUAGGACUAUGUCAAUAUUGAUUCAGCAGUUUCUAUCUGUCUGCUUCUCCAAACUAGGCCUGUGCGAAUAUCUGUUUCCGUGGGUAAGACAUUGAAAUGUAUCUGACCUAAAAAAAUGGAUCUGUCCCUUUAAGGAGGACUACAAAUGUGCAUAGAUAUUUUCAGCAUAUUUCAUAAGACACGUUUUCAUCAAAGCCACAAACAUAUCACAGACUUUGAAGAGCUUGUGCAUAAGAAGUCAUCAUUCUGAGGUGAACACUACUUGUAUGUACUUCUUCAUCGACUCGUCUUACCCGAGGAUCGCUCUUAAAUGGUUAAGACUGCUUGUUUAUGAGACAGCAUGAUGUAUUUAUGUUUAUUUAUUUAUGUUUUUUUUUUUUUUUUUUUUUAAAUCUGCUCCACACAGUUUCAGAGAAUAAUGUGGUUUUGGAUUUGGGCAAUUUGAAGGUCUUGCACUAAAUGUAGCAAAAUUGUUUGAAAAGAUCCAAAAUGCCAAGAUGCAGUUGCUGGCUGUAGCCAGAAUUAUACAGGAAGAUGCAAUUUUAUAUUUUAUAGAUUUGUUUUAAAGGUCUGUUUUGUAUUUGCAUUGAUUUGCUCAAAGGCCAAGUUGCAGGUUCACUGAAAACUUAUUUAGCACAAAAGAAUCAGGCUUAAACAAUUGUUGUAAAUGAACAAAAACUGUACAGACACUACUAGAUACUAAUGUUUGACUGUGUUAAACAUUUUAGCUGCUAUCUCUUUUGUUUUACUGUAUUUAUUUACUUAUCAUGAUGUGUUGCAUAGCAUUUGAACAGCACAUUGACAGCUGUGCUAAGCUCCAUAUUGGUUUGGGAGAAUAUUGUGCUCUCUCCCAGUUUGUUGUUUUGGCAGCCUCAUAUUAAACCUGCAUCAUGGAAUGAAAUAAAGCUCUGAGGUUCAGGAAAAGUA